GUUAUGUUAAAGUAAAAUUAAUUAAGUAGUGAUUAUAGUUAAACAAAUUCGAAAGCGCUAAGAAAGUUCAACGCAGUAUUUUGAAAGGAUAUCUCUGCGGAUUAUAUAGAAUAGAACUAAUAAAAUCGUGAAAGGAAAAUGCAUUUUGCGCCAGCUAUCGGAAAAUAGCUAACAUUAAACAAAUAUUGGUCUAUGCAAAGUUAUUAAAAUAGUAAAAAAUAGAUUUCAUUUAAAUUGUGUAAUAUUAAUAAUAUAAAUCUGUACUUCAUUACAUUCAUAUACGUAUUUAUAUAAAAAAUAUUCAUACUUAAUAAUUUCCCAAUUCAUUUUGUCAGUUAAAAAACUUUACGUUUUUAAACACUGAAAUUAUUGAAACGAAACAGCCGUCAAAGAAACGCCAGAGAAUGUCAAUUAUAUUUAACGUUCUCUGCGUUCUCUGCAACCACCGCCAUUGGAAGAGUUCUACAAGCAAAUACCGGAGGAUCAAGGAUUUGUACCUAUCGAGAAGCAUAUUCAAAAAUCACUAGAAUCCUCCAACAAACCUAAAAUUGGAGAAAUGCCUUGGCGAAGAAACAGUUUACCUGUCCUUUUAGUCAAAAUUGCGAGAUUACUGUGGUUACGAGACGAUUUUGUCAAAGAUGUCGUCUGAAAAAGUGCAUAGAUAUUGGAAUGAAGAGUGAAAAUAUCAUGUCAGAGGAAGAUAAGCUGAUCAAACGACGUAAGAUUGAAAAUAACCGAGCUAAACGCCGUCUCAAUGAUAAUAAAGCCGGUUCGAUCACAGACAGUGCGGCUUUUGAUACGGUUUCACACGAUUCACAAAGCUCUUUUGACAGCGGCAAAGGCACUGGUAGUAAUAAUAGCGGAUCAGCGGCUUUGGGUAAUCAGUCAUCACCGAUGAGCGCCAAUGUGCCAAUAAGAUCACCAAUCUUAUUAGAAUCGGACGGUGAGGCAAAACCUGAACUAAUGACCAGUGAGGAAAUAGUUGAAUUUAUUGUUUGUGAUCCCGAUCGAGCAUCGCAAGUAAUAAGUAAAUUAAUGCGUACAAAAGAUGAAGCGAUAGCUAUAGUGGAGAAAAUCCUCACUUCGCAAAAAGAUGCACUGAGGCUCGUCUCACAUUUGAUUGCAUUCCCAGGUGACGCUUUGAAAAUUAUUAGUAAAAUAAUGAAUUCACCAUUUGUUAGUUAGUUAGAAAUCAUUUCGAAAAUUGUUAGUUCUCCUCAGGAUGUUGUGCAAUUCAUACGAAAUCUUAUGGAAUGUCCUGAAGACGCGCUGGAUAUCAUGAAUAAAUUUAUGAAUACACCUGCAGAAGCGCUGCGCAUAAUCAAUAAAAUAUUCAAUACAUUGAAUCCACCAACACGUAGCGAUGAAUUGCAUAAACUACUCUUAGAUGCCACAAAGGAAAACACGGAUAGAUCAUUCCAGCCAACACAAGGGCCUAUCGAAUCGGAAAGUGCUGAAAAUGGGAAUUACUUGCUUAAAUUCUUUCACAAGGUAUUUCUAUUGCGUCUUUACUAAGACCUAAACUUCAGCUUUUGGACAGCUGAUUCAAGAGAUGAAGCUUUUUGAGUCAUGCAAGUUUUCGUGUUUUGAAAAAAUAUUUAUGAUAAGAAAAAAUGAAAUCUUACGUUAAAAUGCAUUCUCAAAAUUUUUUAAACUUUUUCAAAAGUGCAAUUCAAAUAAUUUUUGACAUCACUGCAACGCAGGGAAUUUCAUGGCAUGUCACUAGAAUGCUGUCAAAUCGUAUAAAAUCACAGGAAAACUUAUGUACAUAUGUAUGUAAUGGGAUAUGUACCAUUCAAUGCACAUUUAUCAAUUGUAUUUGCUCAAGGAGGCGUUAAACCAAAGUGUCAGUGAGCAAUUAUUUCAUUAUUACCAUAUUCUGUGAAAAUAUGAAAAAUAAAAAGAAUUGGUUAUGAAAAAAUUUAAAUUUUUUUAUUUAAAAAUUUUU